CGUCCUUGGUCUGUUGGGGUGGCCAUUAAUAUUUGUAUUUCACUUGUUUUCCCAAGUAUACGCUGAAGCCAAGUACAAUAAUAACUACCAGUGUCAGAACUUUGGCUUCUUCCUUACCCUUACUUUUAGUCCACGCGCACAGUUUACUUUGGGACGAUUAUUUUAAGACCUAUUCAGGUAUUUUUUAUUUAUUUUUAACAAUAUUAUUUGUUUUACCUGGAAGAACGUGAUUCGGAACGAGAAUGGGGAAAAACACCGAUAAAUUGUAUGUGACUCAGACAGAGCAUUCUGGUGUCCAUGGAUGGCACGGCGGCAUGAGUGGGAUCACAGGCCAGCAGCCUAAAGGAACGUUUCGUCAGCUUCCUUUUAACUACUGUUCUAUUUCGUUACAGCCAUUCACGCACCCUUGUUGUUUGGUGGAUUCCACCAAUCAAGCUAUCAUUUUUGAUUUCAAAUUCAUUGUUCCGUGGCUUCGGAAACACAAGACAAAUCCAGUGAAUGGUGAGAAAGCAACCUUGUCCGAUCUUGUAAAACUGAAUUUUUCCAAAAAUGCGGCGGGAGAGUAUUGUGAUCCAGUAACUUUGAAGGGAUUUACCCAAUUUUCACACAUUGUAGCCAUCAAGACAACGGGCAAUUGCUUUUCUUGGGACACUCUGGAAGGAUUGAAUAUAAAAGCGAAAAAUUGGAAUGAUCUAGUCGAUGAAAAACCAUUCACUCGUUCGGAUAUUAUUACAAUCCAAGAUCCCCAUAACGUUGAGAAGCGGGAUUUUUCUGCGCUACAAACACAAAAGGAAAUAUCUAGAGAAGAAAAAAUCCAGAAAGCACGUCUUGCAGUUGAAAAGUCAAGAAAAGAAACAAUAUCUCCAUCUUCCAAGUCAACUUCCUCCGUGCAACCUAGUCGCAUAGAAACAGCACCUUCAGGACUUCCUGUUUACCGUGCCGCACAUACGACGGGUCUUGCUUCAGCGUCCCUUACAUCAACUUCGUUUUCUCCGGUUACAAAAAAUGAAAGAGCAAUUAUCCCUCAGGAAGAUUACAUGCUUAAACAUGUUCGCAUUAAACACAAAGGCUACGCUAGAAUGAUAACAAAUUUUGGGGAAAUCAAUUUGGAACUCCAUACCGAUUAUGCUCCGCGUGCAGUUUACAAUUUUAUCCAGUUGUCUAAGAAAGGCUAUUACCGCGAUACCAUUUUCCAUAGAAGCAUCCCAAGGUUCAUGAUACAGGGUGGUGAUCCCACAGGAACCGGAAAAGGAGGUGAAAGUUGCUGGGGAAAGCCAUUUCAGGAUGAAUUUGGUAAUCCUUUGCAUCAUGAUCAGCGCGGAAUCCUUUCGAUGGCUAAUCGAGGGAAAAACACCAAUGGCAGUCAAUUCUUUCUUCUGUUCAAUCCUGCCAAACACUUAGAUAAUAAGCAUACUGUUUUUGGACAUAUUGUUGGAGGAAUGGCAGUGCUUGAUGCGUUAGAAAAAAUUCCAACAAAUGAUUAUGAUCAUCCUAAAGUGCCUAUUCGGCUAGAGGAUAUUGUUGUAUUCGUAGAUCCAUUUGAGGAAUGGGAAAAGGAAGAGCAAGAGAAGUUAAAAAAGGAGAGGGAGUUGUUGGAGCCAAGCAAAUCCGAGGCAGAUUAUAUUUCAUGGUCAGGAAGAAACCUGAUGCAUUCAUCCUCCAAUGCUUCCACAACCUCACCUGUUGGUAAGUAUCUAAGUAAUGACACGAAACGCUCGUCUAAUGGAGCCUCUUUGGAUGUCUUUCCUCAACCGAAGAAGAAGAAAACACGAACGGGAUUUGGAAAUUUUGAUGCUUGGUAGGAGGAUACAGAAAGAAAAAUGGAAAAAGGUAUUCAGGUUUUCGCUUUUUAGUUCAUGAAGGAAGGUUAAUGAUAAUACUAUAUUAUAUGUAAAUCUAAUAAAAAAAGACAUAAACAUCUCUAUAAUCCAA